AUGGCAAUGGUUAAAGAAGGGAACGCUAAAAAAGGAAACAGAAGGAAUGAUCCUAGCAGCUCAACACCAAGCCCUCAGAACCAAAUGGAUGCGACACCAUAUUGUAAAGAGUUCGAAAUUUCACCAACAUGCAGGAUUUGUGGACUCGCAGAUGAAACCGUCUCACAUAUUGUUUCGGAAUGCACUCUUCUUGCUCAAAAGGAUUAUAAGAAUGUGAGACAUGAUAAGAUUGCUGCUGCAAUACACAGAAACCUAUGUAAGAAGUAUGGAUUUGAGUAUGCGGAAAAAAGCUAUAACCACCACAUUGACAAGGAAAGCAGAGUAUUGGAGAACGAUGAAGUAAAAGUCUAUGGGAUUUCACCAUCCAAAAAGAAGCUAGAUUACAACAAACCAGAUCUAGUCAUAUUGAACAAGAAGGAGAAGACCACCCAUAUAGUGGACGUAGGCUGCCCAUUUGAUACAAGAGUAAAGGAGAGGGAAAGAACAAAGAUAGAAAAAUACACAGACCUUAAAUAUACAUACAUACAUACAUACUUUAUUGUGUUCCCUAAAUAG